UCAACGCACUUGCAACUGAUUCACCAAGCUGGACGUUGGUGGAGAUCUCUUCCCGCCAUCGCCUCACCGGAAACCGCCAAACCAUGGAGUUUCCUGCUGUGGCGAUCUCCGCGGCGUUGGCGCUAUUCAUUUUGUUCGCAUCUACCGCCGUUUAUUCAGCUCAGGACGUCGACAUCGCCUCGCAGCUCCUCUCCAAGUCAUCCAGCACAGCCGGUCUUUGCGCUAAUGUCAUCGAGCCUUCUGGAUUCCCUUGCACCGAACACACUACUCGGACAAAAGAUGGAUAUGUUUUGGGACUUCAGCGUGUUACGUCUCCUUCUGUAGCUGUGCAUAAAGGGGCACCUCCAGUUUUGCUCAUUCAUGGACUUUUUAUGGGAGGUGAUGCAUGGUUCUUGGAUUCUCCAAAUCAAUCCUUGGGUUUUAUACUUGCCAACCGUGGUUAUGAUGUGUGGGUUGGUAAUGUACGUGGAACACGUUGGAGUCAUGGUCAUGUAUCUCUGACAGAGGAAGAUAAGGAUUUCUGGGAUUGGAGUUGGCAAGAACUGGCUCUUCAUGACCUGGGAGAAAUGAUUCAUUACAUAUACUCAACUACAAACUCCGAAGUAUUAGUUGUCGGACAUUCACAGGGAACAAUCAUGUCUCUGGCGGCCUUAACUCAACCAGAUAUAGCAAAAAUGGUUAAGGCUGCUGCACUUCUCUGUCCUAUAUCAUACCUGGAUCAUAUCACUGCUCCUUUUGUUCUGAAAUUAGUUAAAAUGCGUCUAGACGAGAUAAUUCUGGCAUUGGGAAUUCAUGAGCUCAAUUUCAAAAGUGAAUGGGGCACUCACAUCAUGGAUAUGAUGUGCGACGGACGUCUGGACUGUGCUGACAUGCUUUCUUCAGUUACAGGGGAGAAUUGCUGCUUCAAUAGCUCGCGGAUCGAUUCCUAUCUUGAAUAUGAGCCUCACCCAUCAUCCUCAAAGAAUUUGCACCAUCUUUUCCAGAUGAUCCGUGAGGGUACAUUUGCGAUGUAUGACUAUGGAGUGUGGAAAAAUCUAAUGCACUACAAGCAGAGGAAGCCACCAGCAUUUGAUGUCAGCUCCAUCCCCAGUUCAUUGCCGAUCUGGAUGGGAUACGGAGGCAAUGAUGCAUUAGCAGACGUUGCAGAUGUGCAGCGUACAAUCAAGGAAUUGGUAUCAAAACCUGAAUUGCUCUAUCUUGAAAACUACGGACACAUAGAUUUCCUUUUAAGCACGAGAGGCAAGGAAGAUGUUUACGACAGUAUGCUUGCUUUCUUUGGCUCCUUAGGAAAAACCAGCUCUUAUUGAGCUCAUAUGUAUGUCUACUACUAUUUCUAUGUUGUAAAUUGUAGUAGUACAUUUUAUACUACUCUACACGUGUGUUGUACAUACGGGAUUUGGGGUUAUCCACUUGGCUAGGUCUUGUGAGCCGGGUUUGGAUUCAGAUUCGGAUUCAGAGUUUCCAUGUAACUGGGUCUUAUAAGACUCUUAUUGGGACUCUAUGUAAUACGAGGACUCAUACUUGUUUUUCAUAGUAAAUAUCGCUUUGCUACGUAA